CAUAAUCCGGCGCUGAGAGGGAAGGUUCUGGGUUUCCAGCAGCUCUUCCGAGCAGCAGUUUAAGCACAAUUCCCGCCUUCCUGGAUCCUCUGCCGUCCGGCUCCGAGUCGUGGGCAGAGCGUGGACCAUGGCUGAUAAAGAGGUGUACGACGAUGCGGUGGAGGAGCGCGUCAUCAAUGAAGAGUACAAGAUCUGGAAGAAGAACACGCCCUUCCUGUACGACCUGGUGAUGACUCACGCGCUGGAGUGGCCCAGCCUGACCGUGCAGUGGCUCCCAGAUGUCAGCAGGCCAGAGGGGAAGGACUACGCCAUCCACCGGCUGGUUUUAGGGACCCACACGUCAGAUGAGCAGAACCACCUCGUGAUCGCGAGCGUCCAGGUUCCAAAUGACGACGCCCAGUUUGACGCUUCGCACUACGACAGCGAGAAAGGAGCAGAGUUUGGUGGCUUCGGUUCAGUCAGCGGGAAAAUCGAGAUUGAGAUCAAGAUCAACCACGAGGGCGAGGUGAACCGAGCACGCUACAUGCCCCAGAACCCCUGCAUCAUCGCCACCAAGACUCCGACCUCCGACGUGCUCGUCUUCGACUACACUAAACACCCAUCUAAGCCAGAUCCUAGCGGGGAGUGUAAUCCUGACCUAAGGCUCAAAGGUCACCAGAAAGAAGGAUACGGCCUUUCCUGGAAUCCAAACCUCAGCGGCAACCUGCUCAGCGCCUCCGACGACCACACCAUCUGCCUGUGGGACAUCGGGGCUGGCCCGAAAGAAGGGAAGAUAUUGGAUGCGAAGACCAUCUUCACAGGCCACACAGCAGUGGUGGAGGACGUUUCCUGGCAUCUGCUCCACGAAUCGCUGUUCGGCUCCGUCGCCGACGACCAGAAACUGAUGAUAUGGGACACGCGCUCGAACAACACAUCCAAAGCGAGCCACUCAGUGGACGCUCACACCGCCGAGGUCAACUGUCUGAGCUUCAACCCCUACAGCGAGUUCAUUCUGGCCACUGGCUCUGCUGAUAAGACUGUUGCAUUGUGGGAUCUGAGGAACCUCAAACUGAAGCUUCACUCCUUUGAGUCCCACAAAGAUGAAAUUUUCCAGGUACAGUGGUCUCCUCACAACGAGACGAUCCUGGCGUCCAGUGGCACCGACCGACGCCUCAACGUCUGGGACCUCAGUAAAAUUGGAGAGGAGCAGUCUGCAGAGGACGCUGAAGACGGCCCGCCAGAGCUCCUGUUCAUCCACGGCGGCCACACAGCGAAGAUCUCAGACUUCUCCUGGAACCCCAACGAACCCUGGAUCAUCUGCUCCGUGUCCGAGGACAACAUCAUGCAAGUCUGGCAGAUGGCGGAGAACAUCUACAACGACGAGGAGCCCGACAACACGCCUGCGUCGGAGCUGGAGGCUCAGGGAUCGUAACCCUGCCCUGGCUCCACUCUCCACCCCCCCUUACCCCACCUGUCCUCUCCCUGAUUCAUCUCAGUGCAAAACGAACAGUGUGGCGCGUUGGAAGCAUCUCGGCCUCCGGCGCCAUCUUGCUUUGCUUCACCGCUGCCCGGGUAACUGAAAGCACUGAUGCACCUGGAAAAGAUUAGAACUGAUAUCCUGCUCAGGUGGGCGGAGCGCCGACAGGUUGGCUUUGUGUGCACGCUGCUGCUGUGAAUCCAGGUGAUUUUAAAGGGCUGAUGGAAGGAAAAUGCAGCGCUACGGCACAGCACAGCAGACAGCUCCUUCUUUGUUCCUCCACCCUUCAGCUCCUGUUCAGAUAAUCUUGAGUUUGAACAAACAUUCCUGCUGCGUUUGCCUCCUGUUCCUUCGGUACUUCAGCA